GGGGCGGGGGCGGCGGGGCCGGAGGGGGCGGUGGGCCGCGCUCCGGCCGGUCUGCGGCGUUGGCCUUGGCUUUGGCUUUGGCUUUGGCGGCGGCGGUGGAGAAGAUGCUGCAGUCCCUGGCGGGCAGCUCGUGCGUGCGCCUGGUGGAGCGGCACCGCUCGGCCUGGUGCUUCGGCUUCCUGGUGCUGGGCUACCUGCUCUACCUGGUCUUCGGCGCAGUGGUCUUCUCCUCGGUGGAGCUGCCCUACGAGGACCUGCUGCGCCAGGAGCUGCGCAAGCUGAAGCGACGCUUCUUGGAGGAGCACGAGUGCCUGUCUGAGCAGCAGCUGGAGCAGUUCCUGGGCCGGGUGCUGGAGGCCAGCAACUACGGCGUGUCGGUGCUCAGCAACGCCUCGGGCAACUGGAACUGGGACUUCACCUCCGCGCUCUUCUUCGCCAGCACCGUGCUCUCCACCACAGGUUAUGGCCACACCGUGCCCUUGUCAGAUGGGGGUAAGGCCUUCUGCAUCAUCUACUCCGUCAUCGGCAUUCCCUUCACCCUCCUGUUCCUGACGGCUGUGGUCCAGCGCAUCACCGUGCACGUCACACGCAGGCCAGUCCUCUACUUCCACAUCCGCUGGGGCUUCUCGAAGCAAGUGGUGGCCAUCGUCCACGCCGUGCUCCUUGGGUUUGUCACCGUAUCCUGCUUCUUCUUCAUCCCAGCCGCUGUCUUCUCCGUCCUGGAGGAUGACUGGAACUUCCUGGAAUCCUUUUAUUUUUGUUUUAUUUCCCUGAGCACCAUUGGCCUGGGGGAUUAUGUGCCUGGGGAAGGCUACAAUCAAAAAUUCAGAGAGCUCUAUAAGAUUGGGAUCACGUGUUACCUGCUACUUGGCCUUAUUGCCAUGUUGGUAGUUCUGGAAACCUUCUGUGAACUCCAUGAGCUGAAAAAAUUCAGAAAAAUGUUCUAUGUGAAGAAGGACAAGGACGAGGAUCAAGUGCACAUCAUAGAGCAUGACCAGCUGUCCUUCUCCUCGAUCACAGACCAGGCAGCUGGCAUGAAAGAGGACCAGAAGCAAAAUGAGCCUUUUGUGGCCACCCAGUCAUCUGCCUGCGUGGAUGGCCCUGCAAACCACUGAGCGUAGGAUUUGUUGCAUUAUCCUAGAGCACCAGGGUCAGGGUGCAAGGAAGAGGCUUAAGUAUGUUCAUUUUUGUCAGAAUGCAAAAGCAAAAAUGAUGUCAAUUUAAGAAAUAGCUACUGUUUGCAAUGUCUUAUUAAAAAAAAAAUGGAACAAAGAAGCUGUGACCCCAGCAGGAUGUCUUAUAUGUGAGGAAAUGGGAUGUGCACCUAAAAUUCAUAUGUGACAAACUUAUCUAGACCUUACAUAAGAGGAGAAUACUUGAAGCAGUAUGCUGCUGUGGUUAGAAGCAGAUUUUAUACUUUUAACUGGAAACUUUGGGGUUUGCAUUUAAAUCAUUUAGCUGAUGGCUAAAUAGCAAAAUUUAUAUUUAGAAGCAAAAAGAAAAAGCAUAGAGAUGUGUUUUAUAAAUAGGUUUAUGUGUACUGGUUUGCAUGUACCCAUCCAAAAUGAUUAUUUUUGUAGAAUUUAAGUUAAACUUACUAUUUAUAAUGCAUAGGUAACCAUUAACUAUGUACAUAUAAAGUAUAAAUAUGUUUAUAUUCUGUACAUAUGGUUUAGGUCACCAGAUCCCAGUGUACUUCUUAAACCAAGACUAUAGAUAUUUUGUUUCUUUUGAUUUCUCUUUAUACUAAAGAAUCCAGAGUUGCUACAAUAAAAUAAGGGGAAUAAUAAACUUAAGAGUGAAUAACCAUAAUAUUCUGCUGCAAUAAAUGUUUCUACCCUCUUGCAAUAGAAUGGUGUCAGAUGUCUAACAUGUUUAAAAACAUUUUUUUGAAUUGAACAAGUUAUGAAUAAGAUUUAUUAAAAGGGUAAGAUACUUUGUUUAGAAAGUACAUUGUGAUUUGCAGCCACCUAGCACUAAAGCACAGAACUUAAACACAAAUCCCUAAAUGAACAGAUUGUUACAUUAAUCUGAGAAUUUUAAAUUUAGAAGCUAAAAUAAAUAAAAAUCACA